AUGGAGAUGAAGAAGCUUCUUAAAGUUGUGUUCUUCUUGGUCACUUACUUAACUUGUUCCCUUGCCAUGCCUACUUAUCAUGGUUGUGGUCCUUCUGGAAAUGUUGCAGAGAAAACAAUGAGAACAAAUGUGAUCGGAGAAGCUUCAGGAGAUGAGUUUGGGAACUACAAGGAGAAGAAGGUGGAUUUUCAUAUCAAAGAUCAUAAAGGUCAAAUAAGAAGGCCCAUGAUGGAGAAGGUGUUAAGUCUUUGGAAAGCAAACGGUCGAUGA